AUGGAAAAACCAAGUACAUCCGAGCUGAGCGAAGUAUGGAUACAUACGGAUCCCGAUCCCGAUCCUGCAAGCGACGAAUUACUGGUAGAAUGGAAGGGUCCAGGCGAUCCUGCAUGUCCAUUCAAUUGGACCCUAUCCAAGCGAUGGGCCAUCACUUUGCCGUGCUCCAUUGGGGGCAUGGUGACCCUUAUCAGUGUAUUCAUGCUGGCACCUGCCUUGGGCAAUAUUGGUGACGACCUCGGCAUCAGUGAGAGCGAAGCCAACAUGGUGGUCUCGAUUUUCGUGCUUGCUUUUGCCUUUGGACCGAUGGUUCUCGCUCCCUUGGCCGAAGUGUUCGGUCAUCGAUGGGGGCCUUUUACUGGCUGGGCGGAUUCUGAGUGGUCUGGGAGCCAGUGCAGAGUUUGCAGUGCAGAGUUUGCAACCACAGCGCCGGUGCUGGCAGACUGUUGGCAUCCGGAGCAGCGCGGUCAUUCUUAUGCGAUCGCAACUUUCGUGCCCUUGUUAGGUCCGGCUAUUGGCCCUAUCCUCGGCGGUAUCAUCACGACAAAAAUCGGAUGGAGGUGGCUUUUCUGGGUUGUUUCCAUCUUCGAUGCUGCUUUGGUUAUCUAUGCAAUUUUUUUCUUUCCGGAAAGUUAUCAUCGUUUGUUGCUUCAUCGAAAGGCCAUCAAAUUACAAAAGGAGACAAGCAGGCCUUCUCAUACCAAGACCGAUGUUCACAAUCAACCACUGGCAAGGAAGCUCUGCUAUAGUCUCGCGCGCCCGUGUUGGAUGCUGGCGACUCAGCCGACUAUUCAAAUCAUGGCUAUCUUUCUCGCCUACAACUAUGGCGUUCUCUUCUUUGUCCUCACCAGCUUUGCCUCCCUCUGA